AUGACUGGUGCACACAGCCAUACAGACAUGACUGGUGCACACAGCCAUACAGACAUGACUGGUGUACACAGCCAUACAGACAUGACUGGUGUACACAGAUAUAAAGACAUGACUGGUGCACACAGCCAUACAGACAUGACUGGUGUACACAGCCAUGCAGACAUGACUGAUGUACACAGCUAUGCAGACAUGACUGGUGUACACAGCCAUGCAAACAUGCCUGGUGUACACAGCCAUACAGACAUGACUGGUGUACACAGCUAUGCAGACAUGACUGGUGUACACAGCUAUGCAAACAUGCCUGGUGUACACAGCCAUACAGACAUGACUGGUGUACACAGAUAUAAAGACAUGACUGGUGCACACAGCCAUACAGACUUGACUGGUGUACACAGCUAUGCAGACAUGACUGGUUAG